CACUAAAGUACGAGAAUUGGGGGAGCUAUACCACUAAAGUUAGAAUAGUGCGUCAGGUACCACUAAUGUCAGGGAUCGUUUGGAUGAGUUAUUGCUACGAGUUAAUCUUCUCAUUGCAGGGCUAGACGCGCCGAAUCAGGAGUCGGGGGAGGAUCGGACGACGUGGGGAAUGGAGCAGGAUGGGAAGUUCCGGCUAGGAUCAACAUACACCGUCGCGGCUGAUUGGCUCAGCAAGGGUGAUGGAAGCGGGACUCAUGCUACUGUCGCGCCUACCUGGAAGGCUAUCUGGAAAUGGGACGGCCCAAACAGAAUUCGUCAUUUUCUCUGGCUAGCCUUUCAUGACCGAUUGAUGACAAACUGUGAGAGGAAAAGGCGAAGGAUCUGCGUCCAUGACACCUGCGAGUUGUGCAAAGCAGCGCCCGAAUCAUCCGAACACGUCUUGCGCCACUGUGUAAUGGCAGCUCAGGUAUGGCAAGCUCUGGGGAUUUCAGAUUCUACUCUAACUAUUGGUCUCAAUAUGACAGAUUGGAUGGCUAGGAAUCUCAAAGACUCAAAGUCUGGGCUGCUGUUCGGGGUUGCAGCGUGGUACCUCUGGAAGAGAAGGAACGAAUGGAUUUUCAACAACAAACAUCAAGAAACGCAGACUCUUAUCCAAAGAAUUCAAAGCUGGACCAAUACUAUUCGUGAGGCACAAAGUAACGAGAAGGACAUCCACACUCUGCAACAAAGGAAGACCUCGACCGAGGUUGCUUGGAUCCCCCCCAAUCCUGAAUGGGUGGUGGUCAACUCUGAUGGCUCUGUUAAACAUCCAGAUUUGUUGGCAGCUGCAGGAGGUCUGGUGCGUGACAGCUCUGGCAGGUGUCUAGGUGCGUUCGCCUCUAAUCUCGGAGCUUGUACCAUUACCAGGGCGGAGCUUAUGGGUGCUAUCCAGGGGCUUCGGCUUGCCUGGAACCUGGGGUACCGCAAAGUGGAUUUGAGAGUUGACUCGAUGGUUACUCUUGGCAUUAUGAACUCGCCUGGGCCUUAUGAAGGUCGUUAUCACAAUCUGUGGAGGCAAUUCCAGAGCCUCCUUCAUCAAGACUGGGAGAUUCGCAUCACUCACAUUUUCAGAGAAGGAAACAAAGCAGCUGUUUUCUUGGCCAAUAAAGGCCAUUCUCUUGGUUUAGGUUUUCAUGUUGUUGAUCCGAGUGACUCAGGGCUUAACUUUUGGCUCUUGUAUGACUCUAUGGGCAUUGCCCAAUCUCGUUUAGUUUAAAGUAUCAGGCAGGGGCGCCCUUUUAGCGUCCCAUCUUUCUACCCAAAAAAAAAACUUAUUGUGAAUUAUUCGGGAUCAAAUAACUUGUUUGGCAUAACAAAAGUUGGAUGUGGUAUUUGGGCAUGAGUUAUUCAAAAAUAACUCAAAAACGAGUUAUUGAAAAUACCCUGUUAUUUCUCAAUAACGUGUUUUGCGUUAA